ACCACGAAGAGUCCACGCCCAAUGGCAGCAUCCCAGGAUGUAGGCUCCGCCUCUCGACGGACAGGCCCCUCGGCCCUGGAAGGAGAGGCAGCGAUUCAAGAUGCACUGCCUGACCACGCCCAUGCUGCUUCGGGCCCUGGCCCAGGCCGCACGUGCAGGGCAUCCUAGUGGCCGGAGCCUCCACAGAAGCACAGUGGCAGCCACCUACAAAUAUGUGAACAUGCGGGAGCCCUCAAUGGACAUGAAGUCGGUGACCGACCGGGCAGCUCAGACCCUGCUGUGGACCGAGCUUAUCCGAGGCCUGGGCAUGACCCUGAGCUACCUGUUCCGAGAGCCAGCCACCAUCAACUACCCAUUUGAGAAGGGCCCACUGAGCCCGCGCUUCCGUGGCGAGCAUGCGCUGCGCCGGUACCCGUCCGGGGAGGAGCGCUGCAUCGCCUGCAAGCUCUGCGAGGCCAUCUGCCCAGCCCAGGCCAUCACCAUUGAGGCUGAGCCUCGGGCCGAUGGCAGCCGCCGGACCACACGUUACGACAUCGACAUGACCAAGUGUAUCUACUGCGGCUUCUGCCAGGAGGCCUGCCCUGUGGACGCCAUCGUUGAGGGCCCCAACUUCGAGUUCUCCACGGAGACGCACGAGGAGCUGCUCUACAACAAGGAGAAGCUGCUCAACAACGGGGACAAGUGGGAGGCCGAGAUCGCCGCCAACAUCCAGGCCGACUACCUCUACCGGUGACCGGCCCGCCGGCUGGCCCGAGGUCCCCUUCUGCCCAAUAAAAGAGCUCUGACCUCC